UGUAUAGGAAGGGAGGGCAAUCUUGUCCAGACUCUAAUAAGAACCCAAUGGCUGGCGCACGGCGGGCAGGAGCGCUUCAACACGAAACGAGACACAAGUGGACGGACACAACAUCUCGAGGCGCUUGCUGGAGGCAGGAAUGGGAUGAGAUUCUGAGAAUUCGUAGAGGAGAUAUUUCACAGAGACGCAACAGUGAUGUAGGUGCGCGUCAGGUUUGCUAUUGCUGAACUGCCCGGUGACUGGAGAGAGAGGCGGUAGGUAAGUAGGUAGGCGACUGGAAGCUCGAGAAACACCUGCAUGGCAACAGGUACCUUACCUACCUGUACCUCCAAAGACUAAUAAGGAUGAGAACUAUUUAUUUUUCAUUUAUUGUGAACAGCAUAAAGGAUGAUAAAUCUUAAACAUUCUGGAAAGGAAAAUAGUUUUCAAGUGGCAUAAAUUAUUAAGGGAGUAAACGACAAAACAUUAAACUACAUAAGCAAGAGGAUAUAACAAUACAGUAGAGAUUAAAGUUCAUUUUAAAGAGUCAACAUGGAUUUUACAGAAGACCGGCGUCCCUGUACUUCCAGUGUGGAUUUUGAUCCAUAAUGGCCAACCUUGCUCUAUAGAAACAUUAGAACUCCUUUACAACUCAUGGUCUGGAACGGACCACCACCAAGAUUUGAACCCCAUCAUUCAAAUGCAUUUAAGUGCCCGAGACGGGGCUUGCUUAGUGGGCACGGUGAAGGUGUCCCCAAUGAAGGUGUCCUCCUGGUGGGAAAGCUUGGCACGGCUUGGCCUGCUCGCUAUCUUCACGUGGAGCUCCCUGGUCCAGGGAUGCGGGCCAGGCCCUGGGUACGGCAACCGCCCUAGGCCCAGGAAACUCACCCCCAUGCCUUACAAGACCUCCUUCCCCAAACUUUCCGAGAACAACCUAGGUGCCAGCGGGAGGGUGGAGGGCAAGAUCACACGUAACUCUGAACGCUUUAAUGAACUGGUGUGUAACUACAACACCGAUAUUAUCUUCAAAGAUGAGGAGAAAACCCUUGCUGACCGCUUCAUGACCAAGCGCUGUAAAGACUGCCUCAACAAACUAGCCAUAGCGGUGAUGAACCACUGGCCUGGGACGAAGCUGAGGGUGACAGAGGCCUGGGAUGAGGACGGCCAUCACCCCCCUGACUCUCUUCAUUAUGAGGGACGGGCCGUGGACAUUACCACGUCAGACCGCAUCCCAGACAAGUACGGCAUGCUAGCCCAGCUGGCUGUGGAGGCUGGCUUUGACUUUGUGUACUAUGAGUCCAAGUACCAUGUGCACUGCUCUGUCAAAGCUGAUCACUCUGUGGCGGUGGAGAAAGGGGGCUGUUUCCCAGGCUGGGCCCGGGUGACCUUGGCCGGAGGGGGACAGAAGACCCUGGCCUCCCUGGGGCCUGGAGACAGAGUGUUGGCCCUGUCUGGGUCAGGACACAUUGUCCUCAGCCGCGUCCUUCUAUUCCUACACCAAGACCAUGAGAGCAGGUCCACUUUCCUGGUCCUGGCCACAAAAGAUGGUCGCCGCCUAGCCCUCACUCCCCACCACCUGGUCUUCCUCGCACCCCAUCACAAACUCCACUACAGUGAGUACAAGGCUCAGUUUGCCAGUAGAGCCAAACCGGGGGACUAUGUACUCGUCCAUGGAGUGGACGGCCGAGUACAACCAUCCAGGAUCACAUCUGUAUCGCAGGAGGAAGGGAUGGGUGUAUACGCACCACUUACAGAACACGGCACUCUGUUUGUGGAUGGGGUGCUGGCAUCCAGCUAUGCACUUAUAGAGGACCAUAGACUGGCACACUGGGCAUUUGGGCCUCUGAGACUGCUACUGUCAUUCACCCAGCUGGUUCGGGGGGAGGGCACACUGGGAGCGCAGGUCACAGAGGCAGAGAGAGAGCACACGAAGAAGCCCCCUCACUGCAACACUCAACACAUUUGUGUGAAUCAGACACUCAGCAGCCCAGGCGUGUAUGUGAAUACAAACACUUCAGACAGACAAAGCAGUUGCGCUGCUGUACCCAUAAACAGAGACAUUGAGGGGGGACACUGUGACUCUGUGCGAAAAGAGAUUUCGAGUGUGCACUGGUAUGCUAGGCUGCUACACAGAAUUGGACAGUUCUUUCUAGACCCAAAGACAUUUCAUCAUUAGGUUAAAGGCACUAUAGACUCAACUCUGGUGCCUGUAUACUACUGAUAAUUGCUACUGUAACAUUUCCACAGUGUCCUACAGAUAAUUGCUAUUGUACUGUUACAUUUCCACAGUGUCCUACAGAUAAUUGCUAUUGUACUGUUACAUUUCCACAGUGUCCUAUAGAUAUUUGCUACUGUACUGUUACAUUUCCACAGUGUCCUAUAGGUAGUUGCUACUGUUACAUUUCCACAGUGUCCUACAGAUAAUUGCUACUGUACUGUUACAUUUCCACAGUGUCCUACAGAUAAUUGCUAUUGUACUGUUACAUUUCCACAGUGUCCUACAGAUAAUUGCUACUGUUACAUUUCCACAGUGUCCUACAGAUAAUUGCUACUGUUACAUUUCCACAGUGUCCUACAGAUAAUUGCUACUGUUACAUUUCCACUUAUGCUCUUAUUUUUCUACUGCCCUGUCUUUUACUAAAAUGUUAAACCUUAUGCACCCCGAAAGAGUAUAUUUGCAUUUUACUCACCGGUAAAUGCAUUGUAAUGUAUUUUUGUAUUAACAUUGUAUUUCCUCUUUUACUUUCAGUAAAUGUGUUGAUGGUUGGUUUGGGUGCAUGUAGAGACUAUGUCUUCAAAGAUGAUGCGUUCUAGAAGGCUUUUAUACAGGUUCAUUCCUGAGAGAAAUGGACACCAUAAUAACGGAAUCAGCAUGUGGAUUGUCAAGAAUCCAUUGUAUAUGUGUAUUGUCAAGAAUCCAUUGUAUAUGUGUAUUGUCAAGAAUCCAUUGUAUAUGUAUCUUAUUUAGAUAACAUCUACAGUAUAAGCCAACAUAAAAUGUGGGUUUCCUAUAUGCUUUAUUAUUCUAUAACAAUGAGGAAAUAUGAGUAUGUGCCAGAACAAAUAAAAGCUUUAUUUUUGUACCUUCUGAAUCAUAAUAUAUAAAUGUAGCAAUUUAUUGUAAUUAUUAUAACUAUGGCCUCAUUUGCUAUUUUGUCUUUUAAAGGUGUAAUUAAACAAAUAAUAAUACAUUAUUGUGUAAGGUAAACCCUGCUUGUGUUCCUGUUUUAAAUGUAGAUUCUCUCCGUUAAAUCCUUCUGUCUCUCCUAGGGUUUGCAAAUGACAUUUACAGAAGAUGUUAGAAUAUGUUUCAUUUAUGUUUUUCUGUCCUUGAACUGUUCUUGUCUAUUAAUGUCCUGUAUUAUGUCAUGUUUCAUGUGGACCCCAAGAAGAGUAGCAGCGGCUUUCACAACAGCUAAUGGGGAUCCUAAUAAAAUACCAAAAAGACUACAUGAAAAACUUGAGAAAUCUGACCACGGCCUAUAGUCAUAUUUGGAGCCUCCGAAUUACAGUGG